GCACGCGGAGAUCUCGCGUAUAACUGCGCACGCGCAUCGUCUUUAAGCUAAACGUGUUCCAAUAGUUUUUUUUUGAAAAAUGGGUUAAGACGUUUUGUUUCUUUAAUUAAUCUACUACAAAUAAAUAUGAGUUUAUCGGCGGUAACUAAAUAAAUGUAGAGAUCUGUGAAGUUGUUUUUGUAAACAUUGCAAAAGGAUCGCAUAGAUUGAUUCUCGAGGUUCUAUGAACGAGAAAUGUGGCUAGCCCUCACGCUGAGCCUUCUGUUUUGUUUUGGUCACUACGGUAAAGGCAGCCUUCUAGAAGAAUACGAAGAGUUAUCCCGCGACAUUCUUUACCCUCCCGAAGAUCACACUGCCGCUGCGUUGCCCGUGGAGCUGGGCAAAGACAAAACUUCUGGCUGCAUUUGUAGAAGUACCAAGAGUCGGAGGGUUAUCGUCUGCUUUGGGAACUACGAGUGCAGGAGGUUUCCAAAGAUUAAAGUAACAAGCGAUAUGCUUGUAGUCAGAACAACAGUUUUGCCAGAAAUUCGAGUUGGUGAAUUAGAUUCGUUGCACUACUUGACAUCUUUAAAAAUAGAGGCUAACCACCAACUGAAGUACUUGCAGCCUGGACUAUUCCGAAACCUGACGACGCUACAGCGACUAUCAAUAUCUUACAACACUCAACUUCAUGUUAUCCUCGAAGGAACGUUCUCAGGGUUGAAGAGUCUUAAAGAAUUGAGUCUAGUCAAUAAUGGGUUCGUUAACAUUUUACUGUUAACUCCAGCAUUAAAACCACACCUGUUGCCAUCCCUCGAAAUGUUAGAUAUAUCGGAAAAUACAUUCGAAACAAUCUCUGAAAAUGCUUUCAAGCCUAUGGAAGGAACAACGCUUACAAAACUCUAUGUAAACUUAUGUCGUCUUGACUUUAUUCAUCCAGAUAGCUUUUUAAGUUUGAAAAUGCUGCAAGAGUUAGGCAUAGGUGCGAAUGACUUCAAUUCAUCAAUUAUAAGUAAUAUUUUAAUAAGUUUAAAGAGACAUAACAUGAACCUUACAACGCUUGACUUAUCCGACAUGGGCUUCCGCAAACACCCUCCAAGAAGACUCAUGGAAAUUAUUGCAAAUACUACCGUAGAAAAAUUAACGCUAUCGAACAAUCAAUUUGAAAUAAUUACCGAUGACACCUUUCCCAGGAUGCCCAAUAUCAAAGUUUUAAAUCUCCAAAGAAUUAGUGCGAUACUUAUUAGACCUAGAGCAUUUGAUCCAUCAAAGUUUCCAAGUCUACGUAUCCUGCUACUAAGUGGCAACAAUUUACCUGGUAUCCAUUUUAGGCAUAUAUCAAAUCAACAGCUUACACUUCUAGAUCUAUCAUCUAAUAAGGGCACUAACUCUAACCCUAUGUACUAUGAAAUUGACAGAGGAGCCUUCCUCGACUGCAAAUCCUUAAGGGUUCUUAAUUUGGCUUUUAAUAGAAUGAAAUCUAUUUUUGAUUACACGUUCGUGGGUUUAGAGAAUCUAAGAAUGUUAAACUUAGAAAAUGGCACAAUAUUUUUUAUCGGAGCUAAAACUUUUAAGCCUUUAAUACGUCUUGAAGUACUGAAUUUAGCUAAUAAUCCUCUAACUGCUAAUCAGAAUCUAACAAGUGAAAUAUUUGACGGACUGAAUGAAUUGAAAAUGUUAAUCCUUAGGAACUGUGGCAUUAAGCAUUUUUAUGAUGACGACAACAUCUUUGAAAUGAUGCCAAAUUUAACUCAUCUGAUACUGACUAAUAACGAACUCUAUUACAUAACUCCAGAGUUAUUAAAACCCUUGAAAUUGUUGCAAGUGUUGGAUCUGAGAGAUAAUCUGAUAAUGUCGUGGUGGAAACCCUUAUUUUUGUCAUCUGGCGUCAGACCUCGUAGUUUAUAUUUAGGUGACAAUAAAAUUUCACAAUUUACGAUAAGUAUGAUGCAAGAUAUAAAGUUCUUAUUAGAAAAUAAAGAACAUUCUACUGUUGAAAUUGACCUAAUGAACAAUGUAUUUAUUUGCGAUUGCUUCUCUAUGUACAAACCUUCAAUGUGGUUGCAAAUUAAUGGUUCGCAAGCCCUCUUUGACUAUUUUGUGCAUUCAAACUUUUUAUGCAGUAGUCCAGAUGUAUGGGAGGAUCGAAGAGUUGCGGAGUACUUUUCGUCGAUCAAGAAUUUUCGCUGUCUGAUGUACGAGAAGUUCUCAAAUGUGAUGUUUUUAGUAUGGACAGCGCCAUCGAUAGUCACUUUUGUAACUGUAGUCAUAAUAGUAGUGUUUGUAUAUAAAUAUAGGAUAUAUAUAAGGUAUUGGUUAUUUUUAGCAAAAUUGGCUUUAGGUAGAAAGUUCAUAAGGAAACCUCUUAAAUCCCCUUCUGAUCCAAACGCCGGACAUAAAUAUGAUGCGUUUGUGUCCUAUUGUAAUGAAGAUAGGGAGUUUGUAACUGAACUGAUUAGUCGAAUAGAGUGCUCGCCGCCUUAUUUAAAACUGUGUAUUUACGAGAGAGAUUUUGAAAUAGGUUCCUUUAUAUCAGAAUCGAUAUUGGCUAGUAUAAAAGAAAGUAGAUAUAUAAUUCUAGUUAUAAGUAACAAUUUUGCAAAAUCUCAAUGGUGCAGAUGGGAAACUCAGCUGGCUGAAUAUCAUAGACUGUUCCUCGAGGACGGCACAUCUUACGACCCAUUAGUGCUAAUAAGAAUGGGUGACGUGGAGAGUAAAUAUUUAACUACGACUUUGAAGUAUCUAUUAAAGACGAAGAUAUAUUUAUCGUGGGAUGAACAACAAUCGGAAGAGUUUUGGAAGAAAUUAAGAAAUGUUCUCACUAAAAAUAGGUAGCAUGCUUAGUGAUAAAUGAAACAUUUUUUGUUAAAUUAAAGCAAUGUGUACA